AUGUCUGGUUUAGAAAUUGAAAAAGCUAUUGAUUCUCAUCAAGAAAAGGUUCAAAUUGAAUACGAUGAAGGGUCAUUGGAACAAGGUUCCAAUUUCAACAAAAUUGAUGAAGAGUUUGAAAAGUAUAGACAGCUUGGUGCUGCUGAAGAACAAACUAGUGGGUUUUGGAAUAAUUUGAAACGAUUUGAAAUUCCCUUGAACUUUAAAGAUAAGAGACAUAUGGUACAUUUGUUGGGUGGGUUUGCUUCAUUUGCUGGUGUUUUGAGUGGUGUUGAUCAAUCGAUAAUUAGUGGUGCUCAAUUGGGUUUAAACUCGCAGUUGCAUCUUAGUGGUGAUCAAAAUUCAUUAGUUUCUGCAUUGAUGCCACUUGGUGCUGUUGGUGGUUCAUUAUUAUUACCGCCAUUGCAAAAAUUCAGCAGAAAGAAUGCCAUUACUGUGUCAUGUAUUCUUUAUACUAUUGGUGCUAUCAUGUGUGCAGCCACUCCAAUUCCAAAACAAGUUGGAUCUUCAUUCUUUAACAAAAACUCAACCAAUGUGUUGUAUGCUGGUAGAUUCAUCUUGGGUUUAGGUGUUGGUAUUGAAGGAGGUGGUGUUAAUGUCUACAUUGCUGAAUCAGUUCCCAGUGACAAGAGAGGGGUUUUGGUCAGUGCAUAUCAGUUUUUCAUUGCAUUUGGUGAGGUGUUGGGUUAUGCCAUUGCUGCAAUUUUUAUAUCGACACAUGCAGGAUGGCGUUACAUGUUGGGUUCUUCAUUGGUUUUUUCCACGAUAUUAUUGAUUGGAUUAAUCUUUUUACCUGAAUCACCUCGUUUCCUUGCCAAGAAGGGUAAAUAUGGAGAAGCAUUCAAUGUAUUUGCAAGAUUAAGAGAUAUUGAAGACAAGAGAAGUAAAGUUGAAUUUCUUCAAAUGAUUCAAGCUGCUGAAAAUGAAAGAGAAAUUCGAUUAACAACAAAAAGAUAUAAAGCUUGGAUUGAAUUGUUUACAGUGCCUAGAAACAGACGUGCAUUGAUUUAUGGUUUGAUUAUGAUUACUUUGGGACAAUUGACUGGUAUCAAUGCCGUUAUGUAUUAUUUAUCAGACUUGAUGGCUCAGAUUGGAUUUUCAGAUAAAAAUGCCGUGUUUAUGUCAUUAGUUGGUGGUGGUUCAUUACUUAUUGGUACCAUUCCAGCUAUUUUGUACAUGGAUAAAUUUGGUAGAAGAAUAUGGGGCUAUAACUUGAUUGGUUUCUUUAUUGGUUUAGUUUUGGUUGGUGUUGGGUAUUUGAUUCCAAUUGACACCAAUUUACCUGCUGCCGAAGGUGUUUAUUUGACUGGUCUUAUAUUAUACAUGGGUUUCUUUGGUUCAUACGCUUGUUUAACUUGGGUUGUUCCUUCUGAAUCUUUUAGUCUUGGUACUAGAUCACAAGGUGUUACAUUGUGUUCAGCAUUGUUAUAUGUAUGGUCAUUCACAGUGACUUACAAUUUCAACAGAAUGAAAGAAGCACUUACAUAUACUGGUUUAACUAUUGGAUUCUAUGGAGGUAUUGCAUUUUUGGGGUUCUUUUACCAAGUUUUGUUUAUGCCAGAAACCAAGGGAAAGACAUUGGAAGAAAUUGAUGAAAUUUUUGAAAAAUCGUCAUUUGAAUUAGCUAAGGAGAAUUUGCAGGGACUUAAGAGGUUUUGGAGUUUUAAGUGA